GCCAAAACGGAGAAAGCAAAACAACUCUGCGACGAUGACCAAAAUUUUUUUCUUUGUAAGCAAGUUUUUGUUUUGAGGAACAGAGGAGAACGAGAAUCGUUUGUCUUUGUUGUCUAACAGAAACGAAAACAAACACUGCAACUGCAAUUUUCCUAAAUUCUUUCUGUUUUCAUCUCUUCCCUUCUUUUUCUGACUCUGAGAGGAGGUUUGUUUUCUGCAGAAACCUCCCUCUCCCUUGCUUUCCACCCUGUAACUUUUACCGCUGAAAACCCCUGCAUCUCCUCGAUUUGGCAAACGAUCCAGGAGAUUGUUUUGAAUCGAGGAGAUAAACCAAUUCACACUAUUCCUUCUCACCCCCUUAGAGCCUAUUGAUUUUAUUACUUCUAUGGUGUAUCUGUAACUCCAACUCAAAGAAGGGGACUAUCAUUUCGACGUUAAAUCUCAAAAGAGGUCGGUUAAAUUUUCAUGUCAUCGGCAAUGUACUGGUUGAAUACGAGGAGAGAGGGAUGAAUAUUGAGGUCGGUAUGAGAGUUUGAGACAGGAAUCUGGGAAUAUCCGUGUGGAAUUUUUGGGGCUUUGGGAGCCGAAAAUGAUGUUAUCUUCUACGCCUUCUGCGAUAGCGAGGAGCUCGCUGGAAGAAAUGCUUGAAUCAAUCCGGCGGAGAGGAGAAGAAGAGAAGCCGGAGGACUUGCCGCCAGCAUUGCCAACUCGUCCGACGUCGAGAGCACGGCUUCCCUCAGCGAGACGGUCGUUGCCGAAUAAAUUUAGGAUUGAAGGUGAUCAGAAUGCAACAACAAGGUCCAAAAAUAAUUCCAAUGCAAAGGCAAAAGAAGAGACCAAGAAGAAAGAAGGGGAUGUGGGACAUAGGAGAAAAGGAAGUUUUGCGAGCAAAAAGAUGAAGCAAGACAUGGAAUCUCCUUAUAUCGUGACAUCGGAAGAGAAUAUAAGCCAAUCAUCAUCAGAGGACCCUGUUUCCGCAUCUACUGCUUCCACAGCAACAUCGGGGAAGAUUCAGGAAUUGGAUGGUGAUGACAACGUUGCUUAUUACAUAAAAACGAAACUAAGUGUUUGGUGUAGGCCGCCCAGUGGAAAGUGGGCACUAGGACAGAUACAAUCAACUUCAGGAGGAGAAGCUUUUGUUUCGCUCUCGCAUGGAGAUAUUAUGAAGGUGGCAAGAUCAGAGAUUUUACCAGCUAAUCCAGAUAUUCUAGAGGGUGUGGAUGAUCUUAUACAGCUUAGUUACUUAAAUGAGCCCUCAGUUCUUCAUAAUCUCCGGUUUAGAUAUUCUCAGGACAUGAUAUAUAAUAAGGCAGGACCGGUUUUAAUUGCUCUCAACCCCUUCAAAGAGAUCCAGAUAUAUGGAAAUGAUUAUAUCUCGGCUUAUAGGCAGAAGACUACGGACAGUCCACACGUUUUUGCUAUGGCAGAUGUGGCUUUUAAUGAGAUGAUGAGAGACGAAGUGAACCAAUCAAUUAUUAUAAGUGGCGAGAGUGGAUCCGGGAAGACAGAGACGGCAAAGUUUGCCAUGAAAUACUUAGCGGCUCUAAGUGGCAGCAGCUGCGGGGUAGAAAAGGAAGUCCUCCAGACGAAUUGUAUAUUAGAAGCUUUUGGGAAUGCGAAAACAUCUAGGAAUGACAACUCUAGCAGAUUUGGGAAGUUGAUUGAGAUUCAUUUCAGCACGCUGGGGAGGAUAUGUGGGGCCAAAAUUCAAACCUUUCUGUUAGAAAAGUCAAGGGUUGUUCAACUGGCCAGCGGAGAGAGGACGUAUCAUAUCUUUUAUCAACUUUGUGCUGGUUCUUCGCCUGAUCUUAAAGGGAGACUGAAUCUUAAAGGUGCUAGUGAAUACAAGUAUCUCAAUCAAAGUGACUGCAUGAAAAUUGAUGGUAUUGACGAUACUAAGAAGUUUCAUAAGCUAAUGAAAGCACUGGAUGAUGUUCGAAUUUGCAAAGAGGAUCAAGAGAUAGUCUUCAAGAUGAUUGCCGCAAUACUGUGGCUGGGAAAUAUAUCAUUCCGAGUAACUGACAAUGAAAAUCACAUUGAGGUUGCAGACGAUGAAGCUGUUGCCAAUGCUGCCCAGCUAAUGGGUUGCAGUUCCCAGGAUUUAAUGGUAACUUUAUCUACUCGGAAAAUCCAAGCUGGCAAAGAUACUAUUUCCAAAAGAUUAACGUUGUGGCAGGCAACUGACACAAGGGAUGGAUUGGCAAAGUUCAUAUAUGCAAGCUUGUUUGACUGGCUUGUGGAACAAAUCAACAAGUCACUUGAAGUGGGCAAACGUUGCACUGGGAGAUCCAUAAGUAUCCUUGACAUCUAUGGGUUUGAGUCGUUCCAGAAAAACAGUUUUGAACAGUUUUGUAUAAAUUACGCCAAUGAGAGGCUUCAACAACAUUUCAAUCGGCAUCUGUUCAAACUUGAGCAGGAUGACUAUGAAUUGGAUGGCGUUGAUUGGAACAAAGUAGAUUUUGAGGACAAUCAAGAGUGCUUGGAUCUUUUUGAGAAGAAACCGCUGGGGCUGAUCUCUCUGUUGGAUGAGGAAUCAAAUUUCCCCAAGGCUACUGAUCAAACAUUCGCCAACAAAAUUAGACAGCACCUGAAUGCUAAUCCUUGUUUCAAAGGGGAAAGAGGCAGAGCUUUUCGCGUUCGUCAUUAUGCUGGGGAGGUUUCGUACGACACAAAUGGAUUCCUAGAAAAGAACAGAGAUCCGCUGCCUCCAGAUUCCCUCAAGCUCCUGUCAUCAUGUAAUUGUCAACUGCUGCAGUUGUUCUCCAAAAUGAUUGAUCAAUCUAAGCUGUCAAAUUCCUCCCACGUAGGUGCCUCGGGUUCACAAAAGCAGAGUGUUGGGACAAAGUUCAAGGGCCAAUUAUUCAAGUUGAUGAAUCAGUUGGAGGGCACCACGCCUCACUUCAUUCGCUGCAUAAAGCCCAAUACUAAGCACCUGGCUGGAAUAUAUGAUGAGGACCUUGUCUUACAACAGCUCAGGUGUUGUGGAGUUUUGGAGGUUGUUAGAAUUUCAAGGGCUGGAUAUCCCACUCGUAUGAUGCAUCAAGAGUUUGCCAGAAGGUAUGGGUUUUUGCUUUCCGAGGCCAGCGUAUCUCAGGAUCCAUUAAGCAUCUCAGUUUCCGUUUUACAACAAUUUAACAUCCCUCCUGAAAUGUACCAAGUCGGCUACACAAAACUGUAUCUCCGAACCGGGCAGAUUGGUGUCCUGGAGGAUAGGAGGAAACAGAUUAUACUGGGAAUACUUGGGGUUCAAAAAUGGUUACGUGGUCAUCAAGCUCGCCGCAACUUUCAUGUCCUCAAGAAUGGAGCAAUAGCUUUACAAUCAAUUGUUCGUGGAGAGAUUGUGAGAAAGACAUAUCAUUCGAUGAAGUCUGCAUCUAUUGCUUCUGAAAAGCUUCAGCAGACGCAGGCAAUCACACGCUUACAAUCUGUGAUCCGGGGGUGGUUGGUUCGAAGGCGUGCUAGUAGUCUCCUCCAUAUGUUGAAGAAAGAUAGUAAAAACGCUAAAGCUAAGCAAAAGUCACGUUUUAAGAUGUCAGAAGUGAAGGAUUUGAAUAAAGAGCAAGUUCAGAAUCUGCCAUCAACUUUGACAGAACUCCAGAACCGGGUUGUCAAAGCCGAAGCAACUCUGAAGCAAAAGGAAGAGGAAAAUACUGCGUUGAAGGAACAACUAAAACAAUUUGAGACGAGGUGGAUUGAGUACGAGAUGAAGAUGAAAUCAAUGGAACAGAUGUGGCAAAAACAGAUGACAUCUUUACAAAAGAGUCUUUCCGUUGCUAGGAGGAGCCUUGCUGCUGAGAAUUCCACUGAUCAACCUGGAAGAUGCGAUGCUAUGUCACCUUGCUUCUAUGACUCCGAAGAUGCUACUUCCGUGGAAUCCAGAACACCCGCGGGCAGUACACCUAUCAAGUUUCCUAGCACUCCUUAUGCGAAUGGAGCAAGGAAAGAGGCUACUGAUACUUUCAACGCAGUGAGCAAUCUGAUGAAAGAAUUUGAGCAGCGGAAACAGACUUUUGAUGAUGAUGCCAAAGCUCUACUCGCGGCUAGAUCAGGGCAACCAGCUCACAUGAAUCCCAGCGAAGAACUCCGGCAGCUUAAACGCCGAUUUGAAGGAUGGAAGAAAGAAUACAAGGGAAGAUUACGGGAAACAAAAGCCAGGCUUUCUAAGACAGGCAGUCCAGAAGCAGAAAUUAGUUGUCAAAACUGGUGGGGCAAGAUAAGCUCAAGAGGACUAUAGCACAUAUUCUGUAAACUCUCUUUGCUCAAGUACAACAAAUCUGAAGGCAAGAAAAGGGAAAAAGGAAUAGUAUCAUGGACUGUGUGCUGCCUUUUCAGGAGCUUUCUCCUCCUCAUAUUAUGAGACGAAAAUAAGUUUGGUGCUUCCACAGGACAAGUUGGUGAAGGAAAAGGAAUUGUAAAUCUAGCAGUGUUUUAUUUAUUUACAUGGUGGGGGAAUUAUAGGUUGUAAACAGUGAUAGGCUUUUAGGACGGCGUAGUGUAUUGAGGAGUCUAGUGUAUAUGUUGUUGUAUCCUAUGAUGCAUGUGAAUCACAGUCCCGAAGGCAACAAGCAUUAAUUGGUAUCUUCUUGAGGUAAAAGAAUCCGUAUUUUCAGAUUGUAUA